GGUCCGGGAGCCCAAGCCCGAGCCCGAUACCCGCCAACUGGUCAAUCCUGGAGCCCGACCCGAGCCCCGCCAACUGGCGAGUCCUGGAGCCCGAGCCCGAGCCCUCCACGGGCCCGCCCAUCGAGCCCUGCCAACUGGCAAGUUCUGGAGCCCCGACCCCAGUCGCCCGAGUCCCGCCAACUGGCCAGUUCCUCCCCGGCCUGGGAACCUAGCCGGGUCCCGGCUGACGCACAGCUACCCUCGCCGACCCGGGGACCCAUGGACCCGCGCCAACUGGCGAGUACCCGACCCGCCAACUGGCCA